UAAGCAUAAGCCACAGAGUAUAGUAAUACUUGGCAUAAGCCUCUUUGGCAUAAGCUUUUGAUAGAUUCUUUUAACUCUCUAUUUGCAAGAAAUAAACAGAAUUUAUUUAGAAAGUACGUUAAAAUGAGUGAAUUAGUUUGGGGCAUUAAAAACGGCGAUAUAGAUCAAGUUAAAGACAUAGUGGAAAAAAAUAAAAUUGACGUGAAUGCUUUAAUUGAUGGCCGGGUUCCUUUACAUUAUGCAGCAGAUUAUGGUCAAACAGCUGUUGUGAACUAUUUGUUGGAUAAAGGAGCAGACCCCAAUAUGGUAGAUAAACAUGGAAUAUCUGUGAUACUUGCGGCUAUUUGGGAAGGACAUACUGAAUGUGUUAAAGUAUUAUUAAAGCAUGGUGCAUCUAAAAAUGGAAAAACACCAGAUGGAACACCAUACAUUGAUGCAGCAGAAAAAGAAGAGAUCAAAGAUCUGCUAACAUAGAGAUUCAUUAUUGUAUAAUUUAAGUUUUAAUUCGCUCACAUUCUAGUUUCUUAAAGCUAUAAGAAAAUUGUUUGAAUAAAAAAAAAAAUCAUAAAAUAUUUAUAUGCAUUUAUUUAUAUUGCAAUUAUUUUUGUAUGCUCAAGGUGAAAAGCAUAUGUCAUGACUGCGUCCAUUAGAAGUAUUUUCUUUUACAAAUAUCAUUUAAUUGUUAAUGUCAUGAAACUAACUAAAUGCACAUAGGGUAUUGAAAUGUGUUGACAUUUUAUUGUAUAUUCCAUUUCAUUACAAAUUAAAUAAAAUAUGAGCAAAAUAAUUUACAAGAAUAACUGGUUUCCCAAUUAUCUCUUAAAUAAACUAAUACAAUGUAGUUUUUGGAACUUUUUUGUUAACCAUAAUUUAAAAUAUUUGUAGUAAUAAAAAAAUCAGUUAUUUUAUUUUGGAUUAUCUUGAAAUUUCUCUCAUUACUUAAACAACCAUCAAUGAAAUGAUUUAUACAUAUUUGUAGCAUUUCAUACUUCGAGAGGCCUAUACUCUAUAUCUAGCAAAUAACUUAUUUUAUAUUAAAGAAGAGUAGGCAAACACUUAAAAA